AUGGUGAAAGAGACGAAGCUCUACGACCAGCUGAGCAUCAAGCCCGAUGCUUCGCAAGAUGAAAUCAAGAAAGCAUACCGGAAAGCAGCACUAAAAUUCCACCCCGACAAGAACAAAGACAGACCGGAAGCCGCCGAGAAGUUCAAGGAAUGUUCGCAAGCCUACGAAAUCCUGUCUGACCCGGAGAAGCGCAAGACAUAUGACGAUUACGGCCUCGAAUUCCUGCUUCGCGGCGGCUCUGCCCCACCUCCGGGCGAGAAUCCCUUCGCUGGUGCCCAAGGUGGCAUGCCACCCGGCUUCGAUUUUGGCGGUGGCAUGCCUGGCGGAGGGGGUACCCGGACUUUCCAUUUCAGUACUGGUGGCGGCGGCGGCGGCGGAGACCAUUUCAGCUUCAGCAAUCCCGAGAGCGUUUUUGCUGAGUUCUUUCGCGGUGCCGCCGGUGCGCGUAUGGGUGCAGAUGACGACGAAGAUACUCUCAAUUCUUUCGGCGGCAUGCCCCGAUCUGCCGGUGGGAGAUCAAGCCGGAUGCGGAGUAGCUUUCCGGGCGGCGGUGAUCCCUUCAGAAGCAGUGGCGCCAGAGAGGCCACACCCGAGGUCACCACUGUUGAGCGCGCGCUUCCAUUGACUCUCGAGGAGCUGUAUAACGGGAUAACCAAGAAGAUGAAGAUCAAGCGCAAGACUUUCGAUGACAAUGGCAAGCGGACAACAAGCGAUCAAGUUCUCGAGGUGCCUAUCAAGCCCGGCCUGAAGAAGGGUAGCAAGAUCAAGUUCAAGGGUGUUGGUGAUCAAGAGGAGGGUGGAAAGCAAGAUCUUCACUUCAUCGUUGAAGAGAAACCCCAUCCACUCUUCGUUCGCGACGGCGAUGACUUGGUGCACACGGUCGACCUCGAUCUGAAAGAAGCCUUGACUGGCUGGAAGCGAACCAUAACCACAAUUGAUGGCAAGCAACUCAAUAUCGACAAAGCUGGACCCACCGGACCUGGCAUGAAGGAUACCUACCCUGGACUGGGUAUGCCCAUGUCGAAGAAGCCAGGCGAGCGUGGAAACUUCAUUGUCAACUACAACGUGAAAUUCCCGACCAGCUUGACCACGAGGCAAAAGCAGCAGUUGAGGGAAAUACUAUGA